AUGUUGGAAAUUCUGAAUUACAUGAUAUUUCAUCUUCUGAACCACAAAGUAAUAGGAUUAAACACAAAAGGAUUAAAACUUAAAAUAAUGUUACUUUUUCUUUUAAUUGAAAAUGGAAAAACCACCUAAGUUGUUUACAGUAAUUUUUUUGACAAUCCCCUCAUUUAAAUUAAUGGUAUUAUAUCAGUAAAAAUAAUAAUAGAUUGGCUCAAAAUUUCUAAAGAUUCAAAUUAUGAUUUUUUGUUUUAAUCUUGUGGAUCUGCAAACAUUUUAUAUAUUGACAAUAAAAACACAUAAUAUAAUGUUCUGAUUCAUAGAUCAUUUAGCUUAAAUCCUCAUGAUGAAGUCACUAUUGAAUUUAAGCUUUGGAAGUAUGUAUUUAAAUAAUUAAUUUUUAGAAUUGAUAAUUGGAUUAAUAAUUAAUUCCUAAUAUAUGUAGAUAAUGAAAUCAUCUUAGAUUAACUUUACUCUUGUUCAUAAAGUGCAAUGAAUAUAUGUGGUGAUUCAUAAAAUGAUGAAGUUACUAUGAUUUCAAAGAGUAUUUUACAUGAUCGCCCUUCAAUCUAAAUUGUAAUAUUUGCUUAGAAUGGAAAAUGGGGAAUUUCAGAAUUCAUAUUAAAUAUGCAAGAAUUUAAUAGUUUUAAAUCAUGCGAUUUUAAUAAAUGUUUUGAUUAAAGGAUAAUUUUAGAAUCAUUCACUUCUAUUCUCAUAUCAUCAAUUAAUAUUUCAGAAGGAUGGAAUCACUUAGGUUCAACUUCGAGUAAGAUAGAUUUUUGUCAUGGUAAAUUUAUAAAUAAAUUAGACCUUUAUUACCAUUAAUCUUAGGGCAAUUCAUUUCAAAAAUAAAUUUCCUUAGAUUUCCAUGUUGCUAUUAGUUUUAAAUUAAAAAUUAUGAUUUUUAAUUCUGGAACUACAACAAUCAUUCUUAAAAUAGAUGACAUUAUUGUACAAUAAUGGUCAUAUGUAUAGAAAUGGAUAAAUUAUGAUCACACGGAUAUAACUUUUCAAGGAUUUUGGUAUCAUUAUACAUAAACAAAUGUUAAUAUUGUGAAUUAUGCUCAUACCUAACCUUAAAUAAAAAUCACUAUAUAAACUUCAAUGAAUGCAGUUUAUACACCUUGGGCUCCAUGGUUUGGGAUUCGAGAAUUUUAAUUAUUUACUAUACUUCAAAAUUUAAAUUAUAUUUGUAAGGAUCAAAAUAUAAACGCUUUUGAUGGAUGUUUUUCUUUCAUUUAUGAUUGUGUUUAGGGUUGUAUGAAUUGUAUAAACGGUAUUUGUGUUAAUUGUUUAAUGGGAUGGCUUUAUAUUGAAAUUGAUAAUAGCUGUAUUCCAAUUUGUGGUGAUCUUAUUUUAACAUAAUAAGAGGAAUGUGAUGAUGGAAAUGAAUAUCCUUAUGAUGGAUGCCAUAAUUGUAAAUUUUCUUGUCCUUUAAAUUGUAAUAUAUGCUAAUUUGGAUAAUGUUUAUAAGAGAAUAAUUCACAUUAAAUACAAUAUUCAAAUGUAUUCAUUCUAUUUCAUUUAGUUUCUAUUUGAUUUUAAACCAAACAUCAUUUUAUAUCAUAAUUAAUGUAAACAGUCUUAUUAUGAUUUAGAAAAGGAUGGCGAUUUUAAAAACUUUGAAUGCUAUUUAUAAGGAUAAAACUUAGUAGCAGAAUUAUACUAAAAGAUUUUUAUUGAAUCAAUAAUUAUGUAGUAUCCAAUUUUAGAGCAAUAUAUUAUUAAUAAAUUAAAUUAAGUAAAUUUUAAUAAGAUUUACUAAUGUAAAUAAAAUGGUUUAGAAACAUGUUAAGAAUGUGAAAAUGGUUUUAUAUUGAGUAUAAAUCAAAGAGAAUGUGUUCCUCAAUGUGGUGAUGGAAUUGUUUAAGAUUAUGAAAUCUGUGAUGAUUAAAACAAUUCACAAUAAGAUGGAUGUUAUAAAUGUUAAUAAAGUUGUUAAUUAGAAUGUUUAUAUUGCAUCAAUGGAGAAUGUUCGAUUUGCCUUGAUGGAUGGUAAUUAAUCAAUAAAACUUGUUAAUAAAUAUGUGGAGAUGGAUUAUUAGCAAUUUAAUCUAAUGAAUAAUGUGAUGAUGGAAAUUAAAAUGAUAAUGAUGGAUGUUUCUAAUGUAUAUUUGAAUGUGUACCAUAUUGUUUAUAUUGCAUUGAUCAAUAUAAUUGUUUAAAUUGUUAAAAAUAUUUUGAACUCGUAUAGAACUCAUGUAGACCCAUAUGUGGAGAUUCAUAUAUAGAAGAAGGAUUGGAAGAGUGUGAAGAUGGAAAUUAAAUUGCUAAUGAUGGUUGCCAUAAUUGUUAAUUUCAAUGUGAAAUUAAUUGUAUAACAUGUAUAAAUGGAAAAUGCAAAGAGUACCAGAAACUAGAAGAACCUUUAAAAAAUGAUACAGAACCAAUAAUAUAAUAAAUAGAUUAAAUUUGUAAUGAAGGAUGCUUAUUAUGUUUAGAAGAAAAAUGUUAGUUAUGUGAAUAAUUCUCAACACUUGAGAAUGGCUAAUGUAUUAAAUGUGGUAAUGGAUAUAAAUCAAAAGAUGAAUUAUGUGAUGAUGGAAAUACUUUAAAUAAUGAUGGAUGUUCAGAUAAUUGCAAUAUUGAAUAAGGUUGGGAUUGCAAUAACAAAAACAAUCAAUUUAGUCAAUGUUAUAAAGUAGCUUAGCUUUCUAUAAAUUUCUUAAAUUAAUCAUCUAAUACUUAAUAUGUAACUUUAACAUAUACAAAGAAAGUUAAAUUGAAUGAAUCUAACUAAAUUUUCCUAGAAUCAUUAUCAAUAUUUAUUAAAAGUUUAAACUCAAAUUAUUUUAAUUUAACUAUUGAACCUGUAACUGAAAUUAUUUUUGAAUCAGUAAGAGAUAUUAACUAUAUUAUUGAAAUCACUUUUCUUGAAAAGAUAGAAUACUAACCUAAAUUGAUAAUUUAAAUGAAUACAGUAUUAUUGGAUGAGAACGAAAUCAUAGUUCCUACAAGUUUUACUGAUAUUGAACUUAGAAUACCUUAAGUUAUGGAUUCAUUUUAAUUGCAAAAUACAUAAAGAUUUUAAGCUGUUGGAUAGAAAUUAAUGAUGGGACUAACUGGAUUUGGAGUAUUAUUAUUAAUAUUUGGAUAAUUAGCACAAUUUUUGGAAAUUCUUGAUAUUUUAUAAUAUCAAUCUUAUCUUAAAUUCAUAAAUAUAGAAUACCCUUUAAAUUUGUAGAUUUAUUUUUAAGCAUCAGAUUUUGUAUAAUUAAAUAAUAUUUUGAUAAAUUUUAGAAUUGUAGAAACAUUAAAUUUAAUUAUUUAUUAAGAAAAUCUUGAAAGUAAAGGAGUAUUUUAUCAAUAUUAACUUAAUGCAGAUUUAUUGAGUAAUAUUUAUGGGUAAAUAGUGUAAAUUAUAAUAAUGUUCCUGGGCUAUAUGAUACUUGUGCUUUAUAUUUUUUAUUCAAAAACUGAUUUUUUUUAAGCUAGAUUCUUUUAUAAUAUUAGAAGAACAUAAUCAUAAAUAGUAAAUUAUAUAGCAAUUAAAAUCUAUUACUUACAUAGAAAAAUUCAUAAAUUACCUUAAAUUAAAUUAAGUUAAGAAUUAAUUUUUAUAUUUCAUGGCAAUAGUUUUGAUUUAAUUUUCAAAAUGCUUCUUUAUCUAAAUUCAAAUCUAUUAAUUAAUAUGAGAUCAGAAAUUUCAAUUGGAAUUUGCUUAGUAUUUUUUAUUAUAAUGAUCAAAAUUUUAAUUAAACCAUUUUCAAGGGGAAACAAAAUAAUAGUAAUUUAAAAAAUUAAGGAAUAAUAACUUGAAUCUAUUAAUUUACUUAAAAAGUUUUUAUUUCUUAUAAUUUUGAUCAGAGCUUAAGUAGAGCCUCUACUUUAAUGCUUUCUUUUAUCCUUUUGCUAAUUGCUCUAUAUUGAAAUCAUAUGGUUUUUUUCAUUAACAUAAUCAAAGUUUGAACUUAUGAUGAUUGUUUUGAAUGAAUUUCCGAUAGUGAUGUUUACAUUCAUUAAUGUAACAUUUUGUUCAGAUUUUUCAUAAUAUUUUACUCAAAAUACAAAAUUAUUAAUAGGAUUUUUCUAAAUAGCACUUUUACUUAUUGGUGUAUUUGGACCAAUCAUAAAACUAAUAAAUCAAAUUUAUUAAAUGGUCAAAAAGUAUUUAAUUGAAAGAAAAGAGAAGAUGUAAAAAAUUUAGAUCCAGAAUCUAUAUUGUUUUUAGACAGCUCAAAAUUGA